GCCUGAGGGGCGUGGCCAGCGCCAGGGGGAGGGGCCGGUGAGAGACGCAGGAGAGACAGACAGGGACCGACAGGGCGCGGGCCGCUGCGCGGAGCCCCCAUCCUGGGCUAUUUUUAGCCCCCGCGGACCCCGCUUCCAGGCGGGGAGGACUCGGCGCCCCUCCUCCAGCCCCGGAGGACGUCGCGCAGCCUGGCGUCCUGAGCUGCCGCGCCCUCCAUCCGUGCCCUGCGGAAACGGGGCAGCGCCGGGGUCCUCUGUGCGUCCCGCCCCCGGCCGUGACUCGGUUUCCCCGGGGGCCCCGGGAGGCCCGACCGCCCUGCUCCCCGCUCCGCCCUCCCCGGCCUGAGCCCGACACCCGCACGUCGGCCAGCCGGGCUGUGCGACAGGGGCGACCCCAGCGCAGGCCACGGAUCGUCGUCUCCAGGUGUGCCCGAGCCGCCCCCGCCCGCCGCCCCCGGCCCGAUGGGUUGGUGACCCGGCGCCAUGUGGCCCAACGGCAGCGCCCCGGGGCCCUGUUUCCGGCCCACCAACAUCACCCUGGAAGAGCGGCAGCUCAUCGCCUCCCCCUGGUUCGCCGCCUCCUUCUGCCUCGUGGGCCUGGCGUCCAACCUGCUGGCCCUGAGCGUGCUGGCCGGUGCGCGGCAGGGCGGCUCGCACGCCCGCUCCUCCUUCCUCACCUUCCUCUGCGGCCUGGUCCUCACCGACUUCGUGGGGCUGCUGGUCACCGGCGCCAUCGUGGUGGCCCAGCACGCCAUCCUCUUCGACUGGCGCGCCGUGGACCCCGGCUGCCGCCUCUGCCAGUUCAUGGGCGUCGUCAUGGUCUUCUUCGGCCUCUGCCCGCUGUGGCUGGGGGCCGCCAUGGCCUCGGAGCGCUACCUGGGCAUCACCCGGCCCUUCUCGCGGCCCGCGGCCGCCUCCCGGCGCCGCGCCUGGGCCACGGUGGGGCUGGUGUGGACCUCGGCGCUGGCGCUGGGCCUGCUGCCCCUGCUGGGCGUCGGCCGCUACACGGUGCAGUAUCCCGGCUCCUGGUGCUUCCUGACGCUCGGCGCCCAGCCCGGGGACGUGGCCUUCGGCCUGCUGUUCUCGCUCCUGGGCGGCCUCUCGGUGGGGCUGUCCUUCCUGCUCAACACGAUCAGCGUGGCCACUCUGUGCCACGUGUACCACGGCCAGGAGGCCGCCCAGCAGCGCCCACGGGACUGUGAGGUCGAGAUGAUGGCUCAGCUCACGGGCAUCAUGGUGGUGGCCACGAUCUGCUGGAUGCCGCUGCUGGUGUUCAUCGCCCAGACGGUGCUGCGCAGCCCGCCCGCCAUGAGCCCGACCGGACAGCUGUCGCGAGCCACGGAGCAACGGCUGCUCAUUUACCUGCGCGUGGCCACCUGGAACCAGAUCCUGGACCCCUGGGUGUACAUCCUGUUCCGCCGGGCCGUGAUCCGGCGUCUCCACCCUUGCCUCGGCGCCCGGCCCAGGUCGCUGUCCCUGCAGCCCCAGCUCACCCAGAGGCCCACGGUGCAGUAGGACCCGGCGGGGGGACAGCCGGUCGGGGCGCUCCCGAGGGUCACGGCCGGUCUCUUCGGAAGCCCCAGGAGCCGGGAGCGUCGGAAGGACCGAGACGCCGAAGGGCAGGCCUGCGGGCUGUCCUCCAUCCGCCCUGGGGACUCCCUAACUCCUCCCUCCCGUCCCUUCUCCCCCCUCCCCCCAAGGGUGGGCAGGCCUGUGGGGUGGGUGUCCGAGGAGAUCAGACUUGCAAGCCUCCCCUUCCAGAAAUCCUCCAGAAGCGGGGGCCCUCGGACCCGAUACGACCUGCUUACUGGGGGGUACCGUUGGGUCAGCUUGACACCCCCACCCAAGAAGGCCCUGUUUAGAAAAUAUUGAGCAGGAAUAGGCAGGACACCCCCUCCCUGGCCAAAAUACGUCUUAGCCCCGCCGGCCGUCUUUGUUUCCCUCUGGGUCCAGACGGCAUAGAUCUUCACCGACAGGCGGGCGGCCGCCUGAGCAGAGCUGGGGUGCAGGGGAAGGGGGAGGGGAGGGGGCUGGGUUCUGACUCCUCACCUCCUUUCUGGAGUCUUGACUAAGCACUUUGUGGGUCCGGUCUCCUGUCAUCCUACAGUCCCUGGGGUUCUGGCAUUAAACCCAUUCGCAGGUGAGGAAAAGAGAGGAGACAGACAGAGACAGGCAGGACUGGGACGUGAACAAUUGCUACCCAGCCCCCCCGCCCCCGUCCCAAGCAGGGCUCACUCCCUCACUCGGGUAGCUGCUCCCACACCACUUCAGACCCCAGGGCCUUGAACAGAAGGCACUUGGCCCACAGCAGAUGCUCAAUAAACAUCCAUGGGAGGGACAGAGGACUGAGCCUUUACCACCCGUGUGUGUGUGUGUGUGUGUGUGUGUGCUCGUGCAGGUGCCCGAGCUCAUGCACAGCGCUUGGCAAAGAGCUUGGCACAGAGUAGACGCCUGAGAAGCACCCGGUGUGGUCACGUCAGCCCCCUAAACCCUCCUGCCUGCCCCUUCCUCUGUCUUCCCAGGAACUCCCCCCAGAAAUGACACAUCCAGCUGCCGG